UGGCGGCGAACAGCAGUGAUAACUAGCUUGUUUAGAUACGCCACGCCCGUGCUGCACUCUGGCGGCGAACAGCUGAGAUGGUUCAGGAGGGAGUGAGGAACCGGCAGUCGUCCAGGAUACAGCAGCCGUGGACGUGAUACACCUGUGAGCACCUCGCCCCUUCGCCUCCACACCUCAGAAUGCCGCAGCUUGACCAUUCGCUGGAUAUCAAGCAAACCAUCUGCACCAAGAGAAGGUGAAGCAAUGACGUGGCAGUCAGAGUGGCUAAUUCCUAAAGGAUACACCCGCCUUGUCUGACGCCCCUGACUGGCUGUUGAGGAAUCACCACCAUUCACCACACAGCUGCCAGCCACCACCACCACCACCACCGCCACUGCCACCACCACCACCUCCCAGCCACUCACCACACAGGCAGACUUAAAGAAAACGUACCUCGAAUGAGCUUGUGGACUACUACUACUACUACUACAACCAUCAUCACCAAAACUCCUACUACAACAACUACUACUACUACUACUACUACUACUAUGAAUAUAAGGCAUGAGUGUCUUACCAGCGUUUGGGACGAGGAGGUGAGGAGGUCACGUGACGGCGGCAGGGAAGGACGAGGUGGAUGUGUCGCUCUCCUAGAUUCAUUAGUGGCGAUGAGUUCAGAACUCCUCAACACGAAGAGGUUUAAUUUGUUUCCUGAAGGGGCGAGCAGUUGGCGAGGCGUGCCUAAGAUUCUUCAGACGGAGAGAAUGAGGAAGAAAGGAAGGGCGAGAUCAUUAAAGAGAUGUACUGGCACGACUCUUGAGGACCCGAGGGGAUGCUGGGACGCUGGCCAGGGGGCGGUGGUGGUGGUGGUGGUGGAGGCGGGUCAAACUUGUGAAAGGUACGGCCAUCCACAGGUGAGGGACAGGCAGGUGGACGGGGUAAUUAGCGUGCAGACAGGUGUAGUCCCCCCUGUGAGGACGAGACCGCGAUGCCACCUGACCAGCAGACCGUCCCAUACACAGGACUGUCGCCUCGUGCGUGAUUCUUGCAUAAACAGACCAAGGAAGGUGCAGGGGAGGUACUUGAGUGAAGGACUGUGACGUUACUGUGUUUGUGUGUGUGUGUGUGUGUGUGUGUGUGUGUGUGUGUGUGUGUGUGUGGCGGGACGGAGGGAGGAGAGGAGAGGAAGACGGUGGUAGAAAGAGACUGAAAGAGAUUGAAAGAUAAAGAGACAGAGAAGUAAAAAGAGAGAAAAAAGAUAGAAAUAGAUAGGAAGAGAUGCAGAAAUAGAUACAAGGACAUAAAAAAGAGAUAAAACACUGGAAAGAGAUAAAGGCACAGAAAAAAAUAGACAAAAGAGAUGAAUACAAAGGGCGAAUCACUAAUUUUUUGUCUUGCUUGAUACUGAAAGCUUCAGAAGUAUUAAUAAGAAAGAAAACAAAUAAAGGAUGAGUCUUCGAUAAAUAAAAGAUCAGAUACAAAAAAAAAAAGUAAAAAAAAAAAGAAACUGAAAAAAACAAGGCAAAGAAAAUCUCACCAAAUAAAACUUUAAAAAAUAAAAUAAAUAAAAUACGAAAGAGAAAGACAAGAAACGAAAGAAAAAGAAAACGGAGAUGAGGAAAAAGCCACAACAACAAACACCAAUGACUUGAAGAAGGAAGAGAGAGAGAGAAA